CACACAAACACGCCUCUUCAGUUCCAAGUAAUUGCUACCAUCUCCUUAAAUUGGAGAAACCCAGAGGAGAAAGAUGAGUUUUGGAAUUACUGGUAAACGAAAUUUGGAGUUUUACAGAGGAAAGAGUAUAUAUAUUAUACAUUUCAGAUAUUGUAGAGAGAGAAAGAGGGAGGAGAGAGUGAUAGAUGGGAAUGUGCUUUUCGUACCUAAGAGGAGGGCAACAAGCAGUGGGCGGAGGGGCCGUACUGAAGAUGAACGAUGUUGGUGGUGGAGCAGCCCACAACGACGCUGUUGACAAAUUCUUUAGAACAAAGGGUCCUCAAGCUCUCUUUACACAAAUCGAGUUAUCUCUAUCAGCUUCAAAAUUACGUGAUCGUGACAUCAUUUCAAAGGUACAAGAAUCAAAGUUGAGGUCUUCAUUAUGCUUGGAUGGUUUGUGGACUUGGAGACUUCCAUUUUUGUGAAGGUUGACUCAGAAUGCCUAUUGUAGUCUUAUGUGUCAAAAUAUGUAUAUUUGAUUCCAUGUAUGUAAUUUGUACUUAAGUACACUUCUAUCAAUAUAUUUGAUAUGUAUGAGAUGAGGCCGGAGGCCAAUGACAUGUAUAUUGU